CCCUCUCCUCAAAAGCCGUCCCUUUACUUCGCUGUCGACGUUUCCUCUCUAAAACCCUUCGCUAACUCUCACCGCCGCCAUGGCCGUACUCAGCCGCUUCGGCGCGGUUACGCGGCCUCUGACGCGCCGUCUUCUCGGCCUCGUGUCUCGGCAAGCCUACGGAUCGGCCUCCGCGGCUCAGCUCCAGUACUACGACUAUGAAGAAGAGGAGGAGUGGGAUCGGCGCGAGCCGAAGCCGAUGGUGGACGCCGAGGGAUGGCUUCCACCGAGAGGAGUGCAGUGGGUGGUGAUCGGAGACCGAGGCGCCAAGAAACACGUCUACGCCAAGAGGCUCUCGAAACUUUUGGAAGUUCCUCACAUUUCGAUGGGCACUCUUGUUCGCCAGGAACUCAAUCCUCGAUCCUCUCUCUAUAAGAAGAUUGCAAAUGCUGUGAAUGAGGGAAAGCUUGUGCCUGAGGAAGUAAUAUUUGCCCUCUUGUCCAAGAGACUUGAGGAACGAUACUACAGAGGUGAAACUGGGUUCAUUUUAGACGGAAUCCCUAGAACAAGAAUUCAAGCUGAGAUCCUUGAUCAAUUUGCGGAUAUUGAUUUAGUUGUGAAUUUCAAAAGCACAGAAGAGCACAUGGAGAAGAAGAAUCCAGGAAUUGGAAAUUUCUCUCCUUGUCAAGAAUUUCUUUGCAUGAAACAACAAAAAUCAUCUGCAACUGAUUCUGAAGGAGUCUGGAAGGAAAAGUUUAACGCAGAGCAGAGCAAGACAUUGGAAGAUUACUACAGAAAACAGAGGAAAAUUGUUGAUUUUCAAGUAACUGGUGCACCUGGAGAAAUAUGGCAAGGGCUGUUGGCUGCAUUACAUCUCCAGCACAUAUCACAGAAACUGACUGCGUGAUUUGGGUUCAUAUCAAUGGGCCUCUUAAUUUUUGUUUCCGGCAUUAUAGUAAAUAUGUAUGAUUGAGAAUCGUAGAGUUUGUUGGAGUUUUCCAUGAUGAAGAUUCCAACUUGUUUUUGCAAUUUUGAUCCCCUCUUUUUUGUUUCUUUUACGUGUUAUGCUAUAUAGAGAUUUGAGACAUGCAAAUGUGUAAUGUAGUGACGAGCAGAACUGCUGUUUGAUACACUUAUAUCAUGAUACUAUUACUACGUUUGCCUUUUAUAUACCUGGUUUUUUUAUGGA